GUGCCACACACACGGCCUGUGUCCUUGUCCACUGGUUCUUGCGUGACAGUCAAAGGAACACCGAUCCUCCCUUUCAUCAAUGAUCCACAGCUGCAGGUGGAUUUCCAUACUGAGACGUGUGAGAAGUCAGACAUUGCCUUCCACUUCCGAGUGUACUUUGGCCAUUCUGUGGUCAUGAACAGCCGUGAGUGUGGGUCCUGGAAGCGUGAGAUAAAAUGCAACAAUGUGCCCUUUGAGGAUGGCAAACCGUUUGAGCUGUGCAUCUCCGUGUUGGACAAUGAAUACCAGCUGUUAAAGGUAACAUCCUAUGUAUUGCAACAUUCAUCCAGUUCCACCUCUCUGAGACCGCUUGAGUUUCAUUCUCUGCCACCAUCAGCCCACAUAUGGGCAACUCCUAAGAGGAACUGGGUCAUCAGCAAUGAAGGGCAGUCAUAG